AUGCAGGAGCAUGUCAACGAGGCAUUAGAAGAUUUUUGGGGCAAUAGUGAAGGUAAAAACCAUGUCUUACAUAUGCGAAUAAAAAAAAACCCAUCAACUUACCAUUCUCUAGAUUGGCACUCCGUUGACUGGGGCCGGAAUGCAGUCAGGUUCAUCGCUCGAAUGUCCUCCGCCGUCUUUUCGGGAUCAGACCUCUCUCGAGACCCGGAAUGGCAGAACCUCAUUAUAACAUACACUAUCAACACCUUUAUGAGCGUCAGAGCACUCCGCUCGUAUCCUUCAUUCCUCCACCCCUUAGCCCGCUGGCUUCUCCCUGAGUGCAGGAAAUGUCAAGCACAAGUCCGCCAGGCACGGAAGUUGCUGCAUCCAAUCAUCCAGAGCCGUACAGGGUCCGAUGAUACCUUCCAAUGGCUUACGGAUGUUGCUGCAGGUAGACCGUUUGAUCAAGCUGCGGCACAAUUGGCGUUUGCAGUUAGCGCUUUACAUACCACGACUGAGCUGCUUAAACAGACCUUACUGGACAUAUGCAUGCAUCCGGAUCUUGUACAGCCUAUUCGGGAUGAAGUGAAGAAGGCGGUGAGCCAGCAUGGAUGGACGACUGCUGGGUUGUUCAACAUGCAGAUCCUUGAUAGUGUUAUUAAGGAGAGUCAGCGUUUGAAGCCUGGUCUGCUAGUCAACCUUGAACGUAAAGCUCUUCGGGAAGUUGUUCUCCCCAACGGCAUGAAGUUACCCAAGGGCACCAACGUUGCUGUCGAUUCUUCCAUGAUGUGGGAUCCGGAAAUCUAUCCGAACCCAACUGCCUACGAUGGAUAUCGAUUCGUUAGGUUACGUCAAGCUGGACAUGGUACUGCAGCCUUGGUAUCCACCAGUCACGACCACAUCGCAUUUGGCAUUGGGAAGCCGAUUUGCCCUGGAAGAUUCUUCGCUGCAAACGAGCUGAAAGUGGCAUUGGCAAACAUCUUACUAAACUACGAUGUUGAAAUAGCCGGAGAACGCAAGCCAAAAAUUGUCGAAAUAGGGUUUGAAAUGUUAUGUGAUCCGGAGGCAAAGUUGAUGGUCAAAAGGAGACACCCAUAA